UGUGCCCGCGCCCCUGCGCGAUGCAGUGUGGGAAUGGCUGUGGCGCUGGGGUUGGCUGAAAGAGGCGGCCAGUCGAGGUUUAAUGUCCGCCAUGUUGGCCGUGGCGUAUUGAGCGGAGCCGGAGCGGCGGAGGAGAGGAGCCAGCGCCCAGCCCAGCCGCGCCAGCCGGCGCCGCCGGGCCCCGUGUCGGAGUGCGCCCCGCCCUGCCGGGGGAGCCCCGGUCCCUCCAUGAGAGCGCUCGGCGGGGUCCGGCUCUCAGCUCGGAGCGCUCUUGCUGUCGCCCCCCCCUCCCUAGCCGGAGCCGCCAUCGCCGCCUAACAUGAGCAAACUGUCGUUCCGGGCCCGGGCGCUGGACGCGUCCAAGCCGCUGCCCGUCUUCCGCUGCGAGGACCUGCCCGACUUGGCCGAAUAUGCCUCCAUUAACCGGGCCGUGCCGCAGAUGCCCACGGGCAUGGAGAAGGAAGAAGAGUCGGAACAUCAUCUCCAGCGGGCUAUCUCAGCACAACAAGUAUAUGGAGAGAAGAGGGAUAACAUGGUUAUACCAGUCCCAGAAGCAGAAAGUAAUAUUGCUUACUAUGAAUCUAUAUAUCCCGGAGAAUUCAAAAUGCCAAAGCAGCUGAUUCACAUACAGCCUUUUAGUUUGGAUGCUGAGCAGCCUGAUUAUGACUUGGAUUCAGAAGAUGAAGUCUUUGUGAAUAAGUUGAGGAAAAGAAUGGACAUCUCUCCUUUGCAAUUUGAGGAGAUGAUAGACCGACUAGAGAAGGGCAGUGGUCAGCAGCCAGUCAGCCUGCAAGAGGCCAAGCUGUUGCUAAAGGAAGAUGAUGAAUUGAUCAGAGAAGUGUAUGAGUACUGGAUUAAAAAGAGGAAAAACUGUCGAGGUCCCUCUCUUAUCCCAGCAGUGAAGCAAGAGAAGCGAGAUGGUUCCAGCACAAAUGAUCCUUAUGUUGCUUUUAGGAGACGAACAGAAAAGAUGCAGACACGAAAAAAUCGAAAAAAUGAUGAAGCCUCUUAUGAGAAGAUGCUUAAGCUGCGUCGAGAUCUGAGUCGUGCAGUAACCAUCCUGGAGAUGAUAAAGAGAAGAGAAAAAAGCAAGAGGGAGUUGCUGCAUUUAACACUGGAAAUUAUGGAAAAGAGGUAUAACUUGGGUGACUACAGUGGAGAGAUCAUGUCUGAGGUCAUGGCACAGCGGCAACCAAUUAAACCUACCUAUGCUAUUCCCAUCAUUCCUGUGACGAACAACAAUCCUUUUAAACAUCAAGAAACUAUGGAACUGAAAGAAUUUAAAGUUAACAAACAAGAUAAACCUGAUGUUAUUCGACCUAAAAGAAAGUAUGAGAAGAAGCCAAAAGUCUUACCUUCGUCUGCUGCUGCUACUCCUCAACAGGCGAGUCCUGCUGCACUGCCAGUCUUUAAUGCUAAAGAUUUGAAUCAGUAUGAUUUUCCUAGCUCAGAUGAAGAACCUCUCUCCCAGGCUUUGUCUGGUUCUUCUGAGGCUGAGGAAGAAAAUGAUCCUGAUGGUCCUUUCGCCUUCCGUAGGAAAGCAGGUUGUCAAUACUAUGCUCCUCACUUAGACCAACCUGGCACCUGGCCGUGGAGUAGCCCUAAAGAGGGAAGACUAGGAGAUGUGCGCUAUAGAUACUGCUUAACCACCCUCACUGUACCCCAGAGGUGUAUUGGGUUUGCACGAAGACGGGUCGGUCGCGGUGGAAGGGUGCUACUAGACAGAGCACAUUCGGACUAUGAUAGUACCUUUCGUCAGCUGGAUUUUGAAAUGCUUUCCUCAUCACAACACUCUUCAAUCAGUCAAUUUGCCAAUACCUCAGAAACAAAUACCUCGGACAAAUCUUUCUCGAAAGACCUCAGUCAGAUACUAGUCAAUAUCAAAUCAUGUAGAUGGCGGCAUUUUAGGCCUCGGACACCAUCCCUACAUGACAGUGACAAUGAUGAACUCUCCUGUAGGAAAUUAUACAGGGGUAUAAAUCGAACAGGCACAGCACAACCUGGGACCCAGACAUGCAGUACCUCUAUACAAAGUAAAAGUAGCAGUGGUUCAGCACAUUUUGCAUUUACAGCCGAACAAUACCAGCAGCAUCAACAGCAACUGGCACUAAUGCAGAAACAGCAGCUUGCACAAAUUCAUCAACAGCAAGCAAAUAGUAAUUCCUCUGCCAACACAUCACAGAACCUUGAAACUAACCAACAGGAAAGUGGCUUUCGCCUGAAUCUCCAUCAUAGCCAUUCUGUAAAGUGUUUAGAAGGGACACUGCAGGGUUUUGUUUCCAAGACACUGGAUUCUGUUAGUGCUCAAUUUGCUGCUUCAGCUUUGGUUACAUCAGAACAAUUGAUGGGAUUCAAAAUGAAGGAUGAUGUGGUGCUUGGAAUUGGGGUGAAUGGCAUUCUUCAGGCCUCAGGAGUAUACAAGGGCUUACACCUCAGUAGUACUACACCUACAUCACUUGUACAUACAAGUUCAUCAUCAACAGCAGGUUCAGCCUUGUUA